GCCGCUACACAGAACACCUGCCCGCGCCGCCGCGUCGGAGGACUAAACACGGCAUUUAUUUAACCAUUCUUGAAGGCAAACAAGCGUUGCAUCUGGUUAUUAUUUGAAAAAGAAAAGAAACUGCACGCAGUAAUCAUUUUCGAAGGGGAAGUGUUUUGCCAUGAACGGGUUUUUGAUGUGUGCACGCGUCACUAGCGCAGUGGAGGAGAGCGGGAGCGUCUGUCUGUGAUGCGCUGCCGUCAUUAGUUAAGUGUGUGUGUGUGUGUGUGCGCGUGUGCGUGCGUGCGCGAGCGAGCGAGCAUGAGCAUGAGUCCGCUGGCUCUGCUGGCUCGGACCGCGCGCUAUGUGCUGCUGCGGCCGCAGACUCUGCUGCUCCUCGGCGGUAGUCUGGCUCUCUGGAGCUUCCUCGAGGUGAAGACCAUCCUGCGCUCCAGCCGCGACGCCGUCAGCAUGAUGAAGGGCAGGGUGGCGGAGAUGAUGCACAGCGAGGUGAUGCUGCACGAGGAGUUCUCCAAGACGUGGCAGUACAAGAGCAGCAGCGCAGCGGUGUACUCCAUCCAGGGCAGGAGGGACCACAUGGAGGACAGGUUCCACAUCCUCACAGACGCACUCAACCAGAGCCAUACCAGCAUCUACGGCAUCUUCGAUGGGCACGGAGGAGAGACGGCAGCAGAGUAUGCCAAGUCGCAUCUUCCCGCCAUGUUGCGGCAGCAGCUUCAGCGCUACGAGAAGCAGAAGGAGAAUAGCGCUCUGACCCCUCAGUCCAUCCUCAAACAGCAGAUACUCGACAUGGACAAAGAGAUUCUGGAGAAACUGUCGGCCUCCUAUGAUGAAGCAGGUACGACGUGUCUGGUGGCUCUGCUGUCUGAGAAGGAGCUGACUGUAGCUAAUGUUGGUGAUUCGAGGGCGGUUCUGUGCGAUAAAGACGGUAAUGCUGUCCCGCUGUCACAUGACCACAAACCCUACCAGCUCAAAGAGCGGAGGAGAAUCAAGAAAGCAGGUGGCUUCAUCAGUUUCAACGGCUCAUGGCGCGUGCAGGGCGUUCUUGCCAUGUCACGCUCACUCGGCGACUAUCCGCUGAAGAACCUCAACGUGCUGACCCCUGACCCCGACCUGAUGACCUUUGACCUGGACAAACUACAGCCUCAGUUCAUGAUUCUAGCGUCAGAUGGACUCUGGGACGUCUUCAGCAACGAGGAAGCCGUGCAUUUCAUUAAAGAGCGUCUGGAUGAACCGCACUUCGGUGCGAAGAGCAUCGUCCUUCAGUCGUUUUACCGCGGCUGUCCAGACAACAUCACCGUGAUGGUGGUCAAGUUCAAGAAGAGAGGCUCCAAGGCCACCGGGCAGUGAAGAAGACUCAGCUCUCACAUGUAAUAAUGUAACGAAAACAUAUUUUAAUGAAUGAGUGACUGGAUGAAUAAAUAACAUUAUGCAUAAGUAUAACAUUAGAUAAAAAUGUAUUUUUUGGAGAAGCAACUAUUUGUAUUUAAAUUGAAUAUUACAAAUCUUCAGCAAUUACUUCCUCAUUAAAGGAAUAGUUCCCGUAUGGAACAUAAAAAUAGAACUUUUGAAGAAUGUUUACGCAGCUCUUUCAUAAAAAAAAAAAAAAAAAAAAUGACCAGAGGUCAUGAAACAAAAAUCAUUACGUGUUUGGCUUAAUUUCACUGGUUAUUACAUAUGUAUUAUUUGAUCAUAUAUAGCAUAAAAGUAGGUUGCCUUAAGAAGUAACCCAGCUAUCAAGUACGGUAUGUAAAAAAAAGAAAAAAUGAAAUUAUGAACGACUGACAAGUCUGGAGAAACACGUAUGCUGUGACGGUGACCAUGCAUUUUUAACUUUAAACCAUCACUUCUGGUUAAAAAACUAUUCUAUAAUCCAUAAUGGCACUUCCUCCAGUGAAAAAUCCAUCUCCACAUAUUUGUUUAGGGCUUGUAAACGGUGCUUGAUCUGUGCAGAUUUCUCUCCUGAUUCAGACCACUUCACUGGAGGAAGCGUUAUUAUGGAUUAUAUUUUAGUUAUAAACGUCUUAAUGCUGGAUUUGUUUGAGCUUUUGUCUUCUCCAGAUGUUAACUGAUGGACUGGAGUGGUGUGGAUUAUUGUGAUGUUUUUAUCAGCUGUUUGGACUCUCAUUCUGACGGCACCCAUUCACUGCAGAGCAUCCAUUGCUGAGACACUGAUGCAGAGACACACUUCUACAGCCAAACUUUCCACAAUGCACUGAUUUCUGAAUCUGAACAUGAAUUAAAUUUGAGAGCUUUGGUGGAGGGAAAACUUUUCAAUGAAUAUUAUUAGUAAUAUUAUAUAAUAUAAUAUUAAUGAGUAAUAUUUUACAGGCAGAGAAGUGUGUGCUAGUUCUGUUUGAAGGCUUCUCUGUUAAUACGGAGAGCUACAGUGAAAUCUCUCUUCUGUACGCAGUGAUUGUUUCAGAAACAGGUCAGCACAUACUGCAGAAAAACACCUUUAUAUAUUUCAGGUAUAUCUGACUUACAGUCUGUCACAGCCUUGACUUAAUUCAAUAUAAUCAUUGGAAGAUUUUUAUCCAAGUAUGUUGCCUUAUUUUAAUUAACAUGCUCUUAUGAUGAAUUUAUUUGCCAGAAGUGUCGUGUUGUCCAGAAUUCAUGUUUACGGUGUCCGGAAGCGUCACAUCAAAAUUCAAUCUAUUAUUUUACAUAUGGAUGUCUCACUGAGACAAAGAAUAACAAAAUGAAUGUUUAUAUUAAAUAUUAACACAAGGUGAACAUGUAAAUGAUGCAUCUUUAAUACAUGACUGAAAAAAGACUUUUCAUUAAAAUGCUGUUUUAUGUUGAAGAAUGGUUGAGUACAGUUUGUAUUUGUUAUGUUGCAUUAAUGAAACUGUAAAAAUGGGAACAUUUAGUAUAAUUAAUGAAAGUCAAAAACAUAAAACCGUAACAAAAAUAAAAAAUACAUAUUGAUGAAAG